AAUAAUGCUGUCAGCAUGUCCGCACACUCCAUGCUCUGUGAACGAAUCGCCAUAGCCAAGGAACUGAUCAAGAGAGCGGAAUCACUUUCUCGAUCAAGGAAAGGUGGUAUAGAAGGUGGUGCAAAGCUGUGCAGCAAAUUGAAGGCAGAAUUAAAAUUCCUACAGAAAGUAGAAGCUGGGAAAGUAGCUAUUAAAGAAUCCCAUUUACAGAGCACUAAUCUAACACACCUAAGAGCCAUUGUGGAAUCAGCAGAAAACUUGGAAGAAGUUGUUAGUGUUCUUCAUGUCUUUGGUUACACAGAUACCUUGGGAGAAAAGCAGACCCUUGUGGUGGAUGUAGUUGCAAACGGUGGUCAUACGUGGGUGAAAGCCAUUGGCCGCAAGGCUGAAGCUCUACACAACAUUUGGCUGGGCAGGGGCCAGUAUGGUGACAAGAGCAUCAUUGAGCAGGCUGAAGACUUCCUCCAGGCCAGUCACCAGCAGCCAGUGCAGUAUAGCAAUCCUCACAUCAUCUUUGCGUUUUACAACAGUGUCUCCAGCCCCAUGGCGGAGAAGCUCCAAGAAAUGGGCAUAUCCGUGCGAGGAGACAUAGUAGCGGUUAACUCUCUGUUAGAUCACCCUGAAGAGCUCCAACCAAGCGAGAGUGAGUCCGAUGACGAAGGCCCUGAACUUUUGCAAGUGACCAGAGUAGACCGAGAAAAUAUACUAGCAAGUGUUGCGUUUCCAACAGAAAUUAAGGUUGAUGUGUGCAAAAGGGUAAAUCUGGACAUUACUACUUUAAUCACAUACGUAUCUGCCCUCAGCUAUGGAGGCUGCCACUUUAUCUUCAAAGAAAAAGUGCUCACAGAACAAGCCGAGCAAGAGAGGAAAGAGCAGGUGUUACCACAGCUGGAGGCGUUUAUGAAGGACAAAGAGUUGUUUGCUUGUGAAUCUGCUGUCAAGGACUUUCAGUCUAUUCUAGAUACCUUAGGAGGACCUGGGGAGAGAGAGAGGGCCACUAUGCUAAUUAAACAAAUUAAUGUGGUGCCAGACCAGCCUUCUGAGCGUGCCUUGAGACUAGUGGCCAGUUCAAAAAUCAAUAGCCGCUCAUUAACAAUUUUUGGGACGGGAGACACUCUAAAAGCCAUCACAAUGACUGCCAAUAGUGGUUUUGUUAGAGCUGCCAACAACCAGGGUGUUAAAUUUAGUGUGUUUAUCCACCAGCCCAGAGCGCUUACUGAGAGCAAAGAGGCCCUGGCCACCCCCUUACCAAAAGACGACACAACUGACAGCGAACACUAA